AUGCCAACGCGCAAACGUCAGAAGAAGACGGACAGCAGAGUCGCCGAGCUGGAAAAGAAGAUUGAUGCCUUGACAGCAAGUUUACAGGCCAGGGCGGCACCUGUAGGUGGUCAGACAUAUACGCAAGCUCAAACUCACGGCACUGCGGACUCUCCCAGAAAUGUCACUCCAAAGCCAUCCAAUGACUCCAGCCUACCUGGAGCUUCACACAAUAAUGCUAGUUGGAGACCGCCCACUCAUCCGCCUGCGUGGGGUUCCUUUGCAUCGACUCAACCUCUCAUGCCACAGGCGUCUGCAGCUGAACAGAACUCAGAGCGCGCAUCUCCAGCUCGAUCAACUGCGACGAUGAAUCAUACUCCAGCAAUCGGACAGAAGAGGAAGUUCUCAGACGGCCGCGAAGGCUCAGUCGAGCAACCACGCGCUGAAGAAACUCCGGCUGAGGCUCUGGCGGCUUAUCUGACUAGAGCAAAGGGUGGUGAUAUUGUCGAGCGUGGCAUUAUCACUAUGGACAAGGCUACCGAGCUGUUUGCUCGAUACAACGACCAUAUGAUCUCGCAUCUUCCGGCUGUCAUCUUCCAGCCCGGCUUUACAGCAUCUGAGCUGCGAAAGACUAAACCAAUAUUGUUUCUAGCCAUCAUGGCAGUUGCGUCCGCAGAGUCGCCUGCUCUCCAAAAGACUCUUCAAAAAGAGAUGAUGCUUACCUUUGCCGAGAAGGUGAUACUCUCAGGUGAAAAGAGUCUCGAACUAGUCCAGGCAAUCAAUGUCGGUGUGAUUUGGUACUGGCCGCCAGAGCACUUUGAAGAGCUCAAGUUCUACCAGCUUGUUCACAUGUCAGCUGUCAUGGCCAUCGAUAUUGGACUCGGUCAAAAGUUCAAGCAGCGCCGUGGACUAGUCAUGCCCGAUACAUGGCGUCCUGCACCAGGCGCCUCGCUCCCUGGACCUCCUAUGCCUCAGAACCGUCGAUGGACACCUCCAGAUUCGACGAGUCUGGAGAGUCGACGCACUUGGCUGACGUGCUAUUUCCUAGCAACCAAUACUUCCAUGGCAUUGCAUCGGCCCAAUCUCAUUCGCUGGACUCCUUUUAUGGACGAGAGUCUCCAACUGUUGCAAUCAUCGCCAGAUGCUGCCCCGACUGAUGCUUAUUUCUGCCAUAUUGUUUGGGCACAUCAUCUAUCAGAAGAAGUUGGCGUACAAUUUUCCCUCGAUGAUCCGACUACAGAUAUCAACAUGAGCGAUCCAAGGACCCAAUACAUUCUCAGGGGCCUUGAGCAAGAAUUGAAACAAUACAAAGAAAAAGUUCCACAGGACCUGCUGCAACCAACGCUUUUGAUCAGUUUUGGCGUACUAAACUUAUACAUGCAUGAGGUGGCGCUACAGUCUCGUGCCGAGAGUUUACGUCCGCCGUUUUCAACGGCCAACCUACAAAACGGUCUGGUCGGCGGGGACAAGCUGUCCGCUGCAUACAUCAGUGCCGUAUCAACUUGUUUGGCCUCUAUAAGGGACAUGCUCAGCACCUUUCUUGCUAUGGAUGUCUUCAGCGUGCGAACCCUACCCGUAUUCAACUUCGUCCGCGUUGCCUAUGCUGUCGUUAUGCUUAUCAAGCUCUACUUCACAGUAUCGGCGACAGGUUCAGAUCUUGGUCGCGUAAUUAACAAAGAAGACUUGCAAGUUGGCAAGUACCUUGAUGGCCUUCUCGAUAAGUUCCGUGCCACCGCUGCAGACGACCGCUGUCGACCCGCCGCCAAGUUCCUUGUUGUUCUUGUUAUGCUUCGUAGCUGGUUCUACAAACAAGCAAAGUCUGAAGCCAAGGAAUCCCAACCGGCUCCUCCGCCACCUUCAGUCAGACAAUCACCCUCACAGCAGCAACAGGCGACUCCUGGCAACAAUCCGUCAUCCAAACCGUCAGACCGCGCCUCAACGGCCAAUACUCCCCUUCAGCUUCUCUCUGAAGUCGCUACCGGUGCUGGCUCUCGCAACCGGGAAUCCUCAGCCAGCCGGCCAUCGGUAGUAGGAUGGGGCUCGAAUAUGCCACAAGCUCCACAGCCCUUCUUCCACGAUAACUCUGAUAACGCUUCCAACUCAACCGGCUCCAUGCCAUACUACAACGAGCCAUUCUCAGCAGAUCUGGCUGCCGCAAUGGCGCCCGUAAUGCCAUCCCUGCCGUCUGCAGCUGAUGGCAUGGGCAACAACAAUAACGGCGACAUAUUUGACUUCCCCAACUUCAUCCCAGGUUGGGACUUGGAAGGCAUGGGUAUGGGCUUAGGUUCGCAGGGAAUGUGGGAGGAUGGAAUGCGUAUCUUUCUCGAGGAGCCUUGGUUUAAUUCCAUGUUCCAGGGCAACCCUGCUACUAACAACCCCAAUUUGAACUUUUAA